AUGGACGUCCCAAGUAUCCCGGGUAGCGCUGACCAUGAGAUCAACCCACAACACCCCCCUUGCGUUUGGCGCACCCUACCAGACAGCGGAAGUACUGAGCUUAGCAAACUCGUAAAGAUGUCCGGCCAGGAUGACCCAGUUCAAAGAGAAAUCCACCAGGAUUGGGCAAAUCGCGAGUAUAUAGAAGUGAUCACGAGUAGCAUCAAGAAGAUUGCCGAUUUCCUAAAUUCAUUUGGUAAGCUUUAGCAUUCCUUCCUGCUGUGGCCCAGUGGCUCGCUCGCUCGCUGGCUAGCUGAACAAGCAAUCGACCACUCCUAGUUAACGUUAGCUAGUUAGCGACUACUUGCUAGCUAGCUUGGACUACGUGCUGGUAGUGGUAAAAUUAUUUGAUAGCUGGCCAGCUUGUAAUAUCGUUACUGUCUUCUGAGCUUCUCAAGACCUGAGAGAGCAUAGCCCUAGUGCAGUCCAUUGAUGGUUGCUUAACCCGCAUACGACACUAGGUUUAGUUACCAGUGGUUGUUGCACAACAAUUGCCAGUGGUAUUAUGAAUGUCCUGGUCCCAGAUAGAUUGUAUGUGCCGUCUUUAGCCAACUCUAAUCUAGCAUGCCAAGUAGUGUCUGAGGAGUUGGUUACACUUUGCAUACAGAGAUCUGGGACCAGGUUAAUGCUAUAUUGGUAUACAUCUUUUACUAUUGUCUGGCAUCACACCAUGUGUGGAUUGUGCUAUGACCUCGAGGUUAUAUUUACUGUAGUUAGGUACCUAACUUGACCCUAAUAGUUUAAUAACGAUAGGGCCAAACCAAUCUAAGCCAAACUGUACUCGGCUGGCUUGGCUACGUAUCCAUCACAGUUGCUAGAACCGUGCUGGAAAGAACAAUGUGAAAAAAAUAAUACAUCUUUCAGAAAUGAAGAAGAAUAAAACAUCAAGUGAAUUUUCAUGUAAAUUUAUUUUCCAGAUAUGUCCUGUCGGUCCCGGUUAGCCACUCUUAAUGAGAAGCUAACUGCCUUGGAGAGGAGGAUUGAAUACAUUGAGGCAAGG